GAAUUGCUUGGUUCUCCUGUGUUUGGUUCAUCGGAUUUCUUCACUAAUUGUUUCAAGAAGCGAGUCGAUCAAGUAGCAAAUACCCAAUCUCAUCUCUCUGAUCUUGAAAAUCCACAAGUGGAACUUCAGUUGUUGAGAAGUUGCCUGUCCAUAUGUAAAAUCAACCAUUUGCUACGAUCUGUGAGACCUGGGGUUGCUACGAGCACAUUGUCUAUUUUCGAUGAAGGGUUACGCCGAUCUCUCAGCCGGAUCACAAGAUCUUCAAUUUCUGACUUUGCAUGGUCACAAGCAGUAUUGCCAAUUGGAAAAGGAGGUAUGGGUAUCCGGGAGGCCUUAUCUACUUCACCUUCCGCUUUUCUUGGCAGCUGUAACUCAAAUCGAAAGUUAGUUAAUUGCCUACUGAAACGUAACCAUCCUUCUCUUCUCACUUUGAUCAAACCCUUGCCUGGAGAAGACGAAGCACGAGGAAUCGUGCAUAACCUACUUUCAAGAAAGGAUUCACCUUCAUUAGAUUUGGUGACAGCUACACAACAUCAGAUUCAAAUUCAACUAGAUGACAUCUCAUUUUCCAACCUACUCAAUUCAGUGAGUCUCAGAGAUAGGGCUCGCUUGAAGACAUUAUCAUCUCCUCAUACUGGUGCAUGGUUGCGGGCAACUCCAAACCGUAACUUAGGCCUCACCAUGUCACCCCAUGAGUUUGUUGUAGCAGCAAGAUACUGGUUGGGUCUACCUGUGUUUCCGUUCCCACCAAACAGCAUCAGAUGUAUAUGUGGUCAUCCACUUGACCCAUAUGGAGAUCAUCUUGUUGGGUGUGGUCAUGGUCCACAUCGUCUGAAUCGACAUAAUGCUUUAUGUGAGUCUAUUUGGCAAUCACUCCUCAUUGAUUCCAAACAAGUUGUGAAAGAACAGAGAAGCUCGGGUCAAUCCAAAUGCCGCCCAGGUGAUGUCUUCCAUCCGAAUUUCUUGAAUGGACGGCCUGGAUAUUUUGACAUCACUGUAAGAAACACGUUGCAACCAUCUUACAUUGCUCGAGUUGCUGAAACAUCAGGAGUUGUUGCAGAAGCAGCAGAAAUGGGCAAGGAUGAUCGUCACCAUGCAAGAGUAUCUUUGACUGGUGGUACAUUCUAUCCGUUGGUAGUUGAAACACUUGGCCUUUGGUCACCAGACAGUCUAGAGACUUUGAAGUCUAUAUCCUCAAAAGUAUGUGCUGUGUUAGCUGUUCCCUUCUGGAAGGCUUUAAAGAAUUUGCUAGAGCAGCUUUCUGUUAGAUUAUGGAUUUAUAACGCUAGAAUGAUAUCUAGCCGCAUACUUGCGGAAGUAGCUGAAGUCCUUAGUUGGGACUUCCCUGUAUGUGAGUAGGUGUGUAAGA